UCAAUAGCAACGAUGUGGACAACACAACGACAUAAAAAUAAACAGAAAAAAGAAGAAGUGUAAAUCAUCAAUCUUAUCGACCAUUGGUAUCGAUACGGUCGAUAUUUGGAUCGAUUCGCCCACCCCGAGGUGAGAUAGCAGGACGUGAUCACAGGACAGUAAAACUAGUUCAGUGUUGGACAGCCGUGCUAAAGCUAUUCUUACACACAGAAGCAAAGGGUUUUUAACAGGAAGUAAAUGUCGUAGAAACCCUGUAGACAGGAUGCAUCUUCCACAUAUAUCGGCUAUGUUGUUAACAUUUAUAGAACCAAUAAAGUUCAAGUUCACCUCGUGAUUUUUUUUUUAGAACGACGCGUUUAAGGACAGAGGAAACACUACAGAGUGAAACCUUCUGCUGUGCUCUGUCGAAGGAGGGCAGAGCAAAGGGACUUCCACGAACCGUGUUUGCAUCCAAACCAGCCAAUCAAAUAGUGUUUACAUUAAAAUGACAGUCCCGCUUGGCCAAUCAAGCGCCACAAUCCGAGUACGAGAGUUUCUAGACAACCAAUCGCGAUACAGGACAGGGGGGAACAGCGUUAAACCACAAAAUACGAACCCGUAUACCUGUGGGUGAAAAAGCCUCCACCCGUGGGACGGUUAGGCGCUUUCGGGCUUUGAACAGGGAAGAAGAAAUGGCGCUGUCUCAGUGUCUGGAAGACUCGCCGCUUCGGGUGAGCUCAACGCACAGAGAGUCGAACAUACAGGAGGUGUACAAUGAGAGACACCGGCUCGCCUUGGAGGAGCUGCUGUCCGGGGGGGUCGACAACUUUCUGGACUUCCUCAGGAAAGAGGACAUUGCGAACUUCCUCUCGGACGAGGAGAUCCAACGGAUCCUCGGCGACGCCGUGGCCCCGCGUUGCGUGUCAUUCCUCGGCGAGGACCAGGCGCUGGAGCAGUCGCUCAGCAGCUCAAUGGACUGCUCGUCCGUCACUUAUUUCCCCGAGGUGUCGGACGUGGAGCCGCCGCCGCUAGAGAUCGGCUGGCCGGCCUUCACUGCAGGCUCUUACCGGGGAGUCACCAGGGCCGUGGCGCACUUCCAGCCCAGUUACGGGGAGAGUAUUUACGCCUGCAAGGAGGCUGUCAGGAAUAUGAUCAGCAGUGCCAGAGAGGUGAUUGCCAUAGUUACAGACUCCCUGACAGACCUGGAUAUCUUUAAGGAUCUCCAAGAGGCAUGUUCUGCCCGCAAAGUCCCCGUUUACGUUCUGCUGGACCGGUCAAGCUGUCCCUCUUUCCUCAAGAUGUGCAGAAACAUCGGUGUGUGCUUGGAUGACCUUCAGCAAAUGAGAGUGCGAACCAUAACUGGUACGACUUAUUACACGAGAUCCGGAGCGAGGAUCACCGGGAGAGUUCAUGAGCGCUUCAUGCUUAUUGACGGCAUCCGAGCGGCUACAGGCUCAUACAGGUUUGACUGGACUGACGGCAAACUGAACACCAGCAACCUGAUCGAGCUUUCUGGGCAGAUAACAGAGAAAUUUGAUGAAGAGUUCCGGAUUCUUUAUGCACAGUCUCUACCCAUAAACACACGAGCACCUCCCAGUGUCCGAAACAGUGGAAUCUUUGAGCACAUUCCCACCAGACAUCUGCUCACUUCCUCCCCGUACCUGAGGAGGGAGAGGCCUGUGGAGUUGGUGCGUGUGACCGGCAAGCUCCCAGCAUCAUCACCGCAUCCGCACCGUGAGGCUUCUGCUCCAGAAGCGGGUAAAAGCGUCAGCGCCGCAUCAGACAAGUCUACCACGAGUGAUGACUGGUCGGAGCAGAAGAACAUUCAAGAAGAAGUCCUUGCCGGUGCUUUGAGUUCCCCGGCAGAGCGGCCUGCAGAAAGCGAGCUCGCCGCCCCGAACGUAGUGCUCUGCCAUGUGGCCACUCAGGCUAGCUUGUCCGUGGCAGACGGCGACACGCAGACCGACCUCCAUCUUGCGCGGAACCUUGGCCUGGCUCCGGACAUCGGCACCCGGAGCCAGAAGCAGGCAACCUCUCCCAGCCAAGCGGCUCCGGCUGGCACCUUGAAGGACUGUCUUCACAAUCUGACCAAAGAGCGCCAGCACCACUACUCGGCCAUCCGCUCCAAGCUGGAGCACAUGAUGGCCGCCCUGUCCCAGCGGCGAGAGCUAGCAGACAUGGCCGCAAUGACUCGUGGUAGACAGGCGGUGCAGAAAGAUAUGCUGUGGACGGACCCCGGACUGGGUGUUGAUCAAGCCAUGGUCAAGUGCUAGACGUGCUCACCGGUCUGACUUCAGCUUGUUUUUCUUUGAGUCCUUUCUACGCAGUUCUUAGGAAAUACUACUUAACGCUGUGCAGACGUUGUGCAAGAUGACUGUCACUGUAAUGAACGACCUUCAGUGAAAUGGCAACGUGCCUUUGUGCUGAUUUCAUCAAACACGGCUGCGGUAAAUGCAUCUAAAUAUACUUCGUCAUUGUGCCUUGCUAAUAAUAAAGUGGCCUGUUUGCUCGUUAGUUGCGUGCCGUGUUCACUUUAAGCCCCGUUUUAUUCUUUUUUAAUUGCAAACAAGUUGUCAUAAAAUGACGGGAUCAGAAGCUUCAGAGCACACGAGGAAGCAAACCCUGCCAACGUGGCACGACAACGACAAUAAGCACGGGUGUCUUUUGCGCUGCAGUCUUGACUAAAUGAGUGGAGACAGCGCCUGGGACACUGGCACCUCUUUGGAGAAGCCGUGUCAUUGAUCGUGAGCGUAGAUGAGGCAGACUGAUUAUUUACACACACUUAUUCAACAGCAGCUCACACAGUCUUACAAAGCAGUCAGGAAAUAUCAGAUUUCCAGACAGGAGAAGAAGCAGGGGGUAGGAAUUUGUGCAUAACUCCACAUUAGCAAUGCUCUGCUGAACGUCCUCCUGAAUCUCAACAUAAUAGCAGCUUUGCAUGGGCGCUAACGCUGCUGAGCCUGGCAUGAGCGGUGUUUUCAACUUCCUAUCGUGCACCGAAGGUCCCGCUGUGAAUGAUCAAAACACAUCAGAGUCUUGGCUCUGGUAGUGAGAAGUGUGUUCACGUUUAGUCCCGCUGAGCUUGAUGUGUCCAAUGUUUCGCCGCCCGAGGUGCGACUGUUCCACACGGAUGUAUGCAGAUUUAGGAAUCCACCCAGGAGAAGGAGCAUCCGGCGCUUACACGGCCCAAAACAACGCGUUCAUUACUUUUUGCAUUUGGGUUAUUUGUGCUCGUUUUGUUCAUUUCCCAUCAGCAACUUUUUUCACAGUUUUCAGCUUUUGGAAAAUAUGAAACACUAAAUGACGACAAAAAGAUCAAUCCAAAGUAUUCCCCCCCCCCACAGCUUAAUGGGAUCUCUAUGACUUUUAAAAUGGUAGACAAAUGCCAACUCAUCUUAACGCCACCUCCCAAUUUUCAUUUGCUUCAUGUGGAUCACGGGUGUCCAAAGUGCGGCCCGCGGGACGUUGCAGAUAUAAAAUUAUAAAAACCAAAACUUGCAAAAAUGGGGAAAAAGGGCAGAGAAAAGGCUGAAAUGCUGAUGCUAGUGAGAAUAACACAAAGCUUUGUCUUCAAAUGCAUACAAGGGUUUUUGUAGCAAACUUUUCAAUAUAACAAUGAGUGUAGUGUAGAGUAUUUGAUCUGUGCUCUUCACUUUUCAUUCAUUUGGAUUUUUUGGGUUUUAUGGAAUGAUUUUAUGUUUUAUGAAGUGAUUGUACCCUUCUUUUCUGUAAAGCACUGUGAACUACCUUGUGGGCUCUAGAAAUAAACUUGC